UGCAGCGGCUUGAUAUAUAAGGCCAAAGCUUACUUGCAAGCACCACAAAGCCCUCUUUCCCUCCUGCAGACAACGAUGAAGACUCUUGCCCUCGUCCUCGCUCUGGUGGGCGUGGCCGCCGCCGUCCCAGGCGAGCGCCAGCGUCGGGACUCCACCCCUCUCGUCUUCGAACUCCCAGCCGACGCCGCCCUGGUCCUCGGGGGUAUCAACACUGGGUUCGACUGCGGGGACCUUCCCUUCGGCUACUACGCCGACCAGGCCAACAACUGCGCCCUCUACCACGUGUGUCUGCCCUACAUCGAGAACGACAUUUACGUCACCCGCCAGUUCACCUUCAUGUGCGGCGAGGGCACUAUGUUCGACCAGGAGCGCCUCGUCUGCGACUUCCCCGAGAACUCAGUCGCCUGCAACGAGGCCACAAACUACAGGCGAGCCAACGAGUACUUCGGUCGUCCUGUCAAUUUCCUUGAGUAAAGCAUAAAGCUGUCGAAAUCA